AUGAAUCUCAAGAACAUCAUUUCUGCCCUAAUUUUUUCUCUCGCUCUCGCCCGCUCUGUCAAAGUCUCAAGACUUCAACCCCGCAGCCGCUCGCCCACUCCCGUUUUCACUAUCGAGUCUCAACCUUGCUCUCACUCAUCGGAGUUCUCGACCCCGAUCUCCUCGCUCUCAGCCCUUGAUCUCGGCGGCGUCGUUUUUCCGGUGUUCGAUCGAGAUCUAUUGCCAGCCAGCGCCGGCGACGAAAUCGGCUUGGAGAGUGAAGCAAAUUUGCCGGAAUCGAGCAGCGCGGUGGCUCCGCUGAGCAAACUAUUCGCCGAGGAAAGCGAAGAUCGGGCGUCGUGCUCGUCAUCGGAGGUCGACGAGCUGGAGAGCGUGCCGGAGGGCACGUACUGCGUGUGGCGGCCGAGGGCGGUGGACCGGCCUCCGCCGGGCGGGUGCAGGAAGAGCAGCUCGACCGGGUCGGCGUCCAAGAGAUGGAGGUUCCGCGACCUUCUGCGCAGCAAUAGCGAGGGGAAGGAGAGUUUCGUCUUUCUGGCGGCGCCGAAAACCAGGGAGGAGAAGCCGUCGGCGACGGCGGCGGCGGAGCUUCCGGGAAAAGCGAAGGGGAAAGGGGCCGGGGCGGCGGCUCGUUCGGCUCAGGAGGCGCUGUACGUGCAGAAGAGAGCGGUUGUGGAGGGGAAUAAGAAGAAAUCGUAUCUGCCUUACAGGCGAGAUCUCGUGGGGUUCUUCGUGAAUGUUGACGGGUUGGGUAAAAGGUUCCCGCGAUUCUGCCCGCUCUGUCAAAGUCUCAAGACUUCAACCCCGCAGCCGCUCGGCCAUUCCCGUUUUCACUAUCGAGUCUCAACCUCGCUCUCACUCAUCGGAGUUCUCGACCCCGAACUCACCUCGUUCUCAGUCUGUCACCCUCCGGGCUCACUCGCGGCUCGUCAGUCCAUUCCAACAGCUUCCUCAAUUUAG